AUGAUAUCCUAUUUAUCAUUUCUAUGUUUGAUUACCUUAUUAGGUUUUACAUAUUCCGAAUAUGUUUGUCAAAUUAUGCCAAAUAUUACAAUGAAUUUCGGUAUCUUGGGUGAACCAAUUGAUAAACGUCAAUAUGGGGGCAAUCAAUUGAGAUUUAUUGUUAUAUAUAGGCCAAGUAUGGAAAGGCAUCCUAUGUUUCAACAAUUCAAGACUCAGGUUGUAGAAAAAGCCCUUAGUUUUUGGCAAAAUACAUUAAGCGUUAGAAAACCACCAAAUAGGAAAUUGCUCAUUGAAAGAGGAUGCGCUGAACCAGUCUUUUACACAGAUGGUAGAACAGGUAAAAAGUUCUGUAAAUCACAAUGUAAAAAACAAGCUCUAUGCUAUGAUCAUCCAGUUCCAGAUCAAUACUCUUCCGGAUGUGCUGUGGGAAAUGGAGGUGACGAUAUAAGAGAUGUUUAUCAAGAUGGUCCAGGAUUCGCACCAAAUGAAUAUGUUAUUUUUGUUGAAAGUGAAAAUAAACAAGGUUGUCUAUCUGGAUCAACAUUAGCUUAUGCUGGUCCUUGUGAAAUGCAUCCGACAACUGAUAGACCGAUUAUGGGUUCAAUCAAUUUCUGUCCUCAAAAAAUGGAAAUUCAAGAACCAGGAAAAACAAUGUUAGUUGGAACAGCUAUACAUGAACUAGGUCAUGCUUUGGGAUUUGUAAAAUCAAAUUUUGCAUUGAUGCGUGAUCUGGAUGGUAAACCAAGAACACCAAGAGAUCCUAGAUCAGGGAGGCCACCUUUAAAUAAUCAAAGACAAUAUGAUGCAAGUGAAAAUACAAUCAGAACAAUCAACCGCCCAUGGGCUACAGCUGCCGGGAAAUUUUCAAAAUCUUUCUUAUCUUUUGUUACACCAGCUAUGCUCGAGGAAGCACGCAAACACUUUAACUGUCCUAAUUUGGAUGGAGUUGACAUAGAGAACGAAGGUGGACAAGGAACAGUUGGUACACACUUCGAAAAGAGAGUAGUUGGUGAUGAAACAAUGGCAGGUGUUACUGGAGUGAAAACUGUAAUGUCAAGGCUUACAUUGGCAUUCUUCACAGACUCUGGCUGGUGGGAUGUUAACUAUUCAUUGGCUGAAGCAUGGUAUUAUGGAAAGAAUUUAGGCUGUAGCUUUGUUAUGGAAAGCUGUUAUGCAUACAUGAUGCGAAUGAAACAAGCAGGAAAAAGUACGGAACCCUACUGUGAUGAACCAGAUACUUUAAAAUGUUAUCAUCAAAAAGCAUUUGGUAUUUGUGCUGUUGGACGGUUUACUCAAAGUUUACCACCUAAUGAACAAUAUUUCAAAGAUCCUUCUCAAGGAGGGUCUAGUGCAUUAACAGAUAGAUGUCCUAUGAUCCAGCCUAUGCGAUCCUUUUUCAAUGAACCAAUUGUGACAUACUGUGAUCAUCAGCUUAAUAUUCCUGUCGCUCAAAGAGGAAAUAUGUUUGCACAAGAUUUUGGAAAUAAUUCAUUAUGUAUUAUGCAUAAAGGAGCAUGGAGAGCUGAAAUGAAUGGAAGAGCAACAAAUGAUCCUCGAGUUAAAGCCACCUGCCAUCAGUAUUCAUGCUCUGGUGGUCUACAAGUGAUUAUUAAUGGUAAACCAUUCCCAUGUAAUUCAGGGGUAGCUACAGUUCAAACUAAUCAAAUUCAAGGCCAAAUUGUCUGCCCUGAUCCUAAUACUGUUUGUAGGAUAUAUUUACGAGCAGCAAUAAAGUAUUGGGAAGAAGCAUUGACAGUCAAGAAACCUGGAAGUGGAAAACAACUAGCGAAAAGGUAUUGUGAAAGUGGAUACUAUUACACAGCUACUGGGAAUAAUUCCAUAUUUUGCCGUCAGUCGAUGUGCAAACGCGAUGUUAUGUGCGGACAAGUGAAAAUUCCAGAUCAGUAUGUAGGGGAAUGUUAUCAAGAAUAUUAUAACCGAUUACACAGAACUUACAAUAAUGGAAGUGGAAUACCACCUGCCGGUUACAUCCUACUUGUUGAUGCUAUAAAUACACGUACCUGUUCUGGUAGUACAGCAGCAUUUGCAUCAUCAUGUUUAAUGGAUGAGGAAACAGAUAGGCCAAUUCUUGGAUUUGUAAAUGUGUGCCCAGGAAAAAUGGGAGUUGAUUAUCCUGAAGAUAGAAAUUCACGUGGAAUUUUCUUACAUGAAAUUGGUCAUGCACUUGGAUUUUCAUCAUCCAGCUUCCCUUUUAUGCGCUUUCCAAAUGGGACAGCUCGAACUCCCAGGGACGAUAAACGUAAGCCAAAGUACAAAGAUCAAUAUGGAAAUUAUGCUCCGAGGAAAUUUAUCCCAUUCUGUGACACUGUUAAUGAAGCAAGAUGUCGGGAUGCAUUCUCAUAUGGAACAUGUAGUAUUUUGAGAUAUCAUAAUCCAGUUCCCAUAGAAGAUCGUUUCUUCCUAAAAGCCCCAUUUGAUGCCCAAUAUGGUCCUGAAUAUUUCGGUGGGGAAGAUCCAUUUAAAGAUUAUUGUCCAACAAUGGUUUAUAGUAUACGUUUAGCUUAA